CGUUUCAUCUUAGUUUUGCAGACGAAGUUCUCAAACAUAAUUUAGAAAUUAUCAUUUUGAAAGAGAUUGGAGAAUCACAAAAUGCAUACAGUACAGUACAUGACUGCAAUCCACUCCAUCGAUGAUAUGGAGACCAGUUUUCUUGGCGGGUAGUUUUAGGUCAUCAGAUGAGGGAUGAGGGUACGGAAUUGGCCGAGUUGAGACGAAUGGAAUGGGGUUUGCACUACCCAGAAUUCAUCCUUUUCCGGUACUGAACUAAUGGCUUACAGUAGACGACCUUUCAUACUUGAAUGCAAUCCACCGUUACUGACUGCAGGAACGACCAUCCAAGGACAAUGUAACAACAUUAUUAUCGCCCUCUGACCUCAGUGUUAUAUCAUAUAACCGAAGUGACAGUCCAUUGAACAUACCUAUGCCACAAUCACUAAGAGCUAGUCCUUUACACGCUGGACCACCAACUAUGCCACAUGGAGAGGGAACUCAUCUUGCUUCAUCACCAGAACCACACAUUGAAGGGGCUCUUGUACCACGUCCACCACCUAUGUCAUGUGGAGAAGGACAAGAACAUGGAUAUAUGCCACGCCCAGCAUCUAUGUCACGCAAUGAAGAUCGCAUGUAUAUGCCACACCCACCACCUGGCCCACGUGGGGUGAGACAUGCUUUCAUGCCACAGCCACCAACGGUACAACGUGAAGCAGAUCAAGCACAUUUGCCAACAGUACCAAAAGAAGAUGGCCCUUCCUAUUAUAAGCGUAAAAUGUCUGUGAAACUGAGGAAAUGGAUAGUCUCCGUCACCCCAAUACGCAGUUUGGACUUACAGCUGAAGCAUUGAAAAACUGUAUGCCUACUGCACCUUCUGUGUCUCGAUCUGAGAGGAACAUUCGCGGACAGUCACACCAGAAAGGUGGAGGUAGAAAGACACUUCCUCCACUCCAAAGAAAUAGGCCUUAUUAGAUGGAUAGUUAGUAAAUGAAUAAAUACGUUGUUGCAAUAAGACUUAUGGUUCCAAAGAGUAAUAUAAUAUCAAUGUUAAGCAAGUGAAUAAUGUGAGUUAUAAAAAUACCAUCGAGUUGUAAUUAUGUAUGUGUGAUUUAAAUGUAAUCGAACUUAUUUUUACCUUUUGUGCUUUUUUACUUGUUUGAGCUAUAACUUAUUUGUGUUACUACUUGUUUGUGCUUUUUCUUGUUUGCGUUAUACCUGUUUGUGCUAUAACAUGUAUGCUUUUGUGCCAUAUAUGAUACUAUUAAUUGAUUGUUUACCUUAAUAAUAGAAAUCGAAAGAAAGGGACUGACUUAUGUCAAUGUUAUGCACUCAAUUGUGCCUUUAGAUAUAUGUUCUUUUCAAAAACCAUUUGCUCUGGAUAUAACUACUUCGCAGUUAAUAUCAAAAUUUGAUAACUCAUGAUUUAUAAAUGCUUGUGCUUGCUUAAAUACACAUGCUAAUCCCAAAAGCAACUGCUUGUGUUAGCCAAGG